AGUGAUCUGCUCGGAACGAAUUGGCUUAUCGGUUUUUACUGUCUGGCAAUUGGCCGUUUCAGAAACUUCUUCUUCGUCGUCCUCACCCCUAAUUUCAGGUCGUCGUGUCUCCGUUUCCGAUCUCUUCUUUCUGGUGGUGGAAGAGAAAAGAGUGCGAAGAAAGAGAUUUUUCUGAGUAAUAGAUUGUGAUGGCGAAGAGAGUGGAUCACGAAUAUGAUUACCUGUUUAAGAUCGUCUUGAUCGGAGACUCUGGAGUCGGGAAAUCCAACAUCCUGUCCAGGUUUACCCGAAAUGAGUUCUGCUUAGAGUCCAAAUCUACAAUCGGAGUUGAGUUCGCCACUCGAACUCUUCAGGUGGAGGGAAAGACUGUGAAAGCCCAAAUUUGGGACACUGCGGGGCAGGAAAGGUACAGAGCAAUUACAAGUGCUUACUACCGAGGAGCCGUAGGGGCACUCCUUGUGUAUGACAUAACAAAGAGGCAAACCUUUGAAAACGUCCAAAGGUGGCUCCGAGAACUAAGAGACCACGCCGACUCCAACAUUGUGAUCAUGAUGGCGGGCAACAAGUCUGACCUUAACCACCUUCGGGCAGUGUCGGAGCAGGACGGUCAAGCCUUUGCCGAAAGGGAAGGGUUGUCUUUUCUGGAGACAUCGGCAUUGGAAGCGCAUAACGUGGAAAACGCUUUUCAGAGUGUUUUGACAGAAAUUUAUCAAAUAGUGAGCAAGAAGGCAUUGGCUGCACAGGAAGCUGCAUCGAAUACUACUUUCCCCGGUAAAGGUACCACCAUCAAUGUCGGCGAUUCUUCGGCCAAUGCAAAAGGUGGCUGUUGCUCUACUACCUGAGCUUCGUUCCAGACGAGAAAGAGACGUGACCAGUAACAUCGGGACAAAACCUGUUCUUUGCUCUCUUCUUCUUUUUUCAGAAUGUAAGAUUACUUUCUUUAUUGGUACAAGAAAGUGAGCUUAUGAAUGUUAAAAUUGUUUAUUACCUUUGGUGAAUACACUUUUUUUUCUUCCUUUUUAUUUUAUAAAAUUUUUUAUUCUUUUUUUUUGUGGUCCUGGGUGGGUCAGAAAAUUUACCAACAAUUGGCCUUCUUUAUUUUUUUUAUUUCUUUUUUGAAGAACAAAUGUACUCUGUUAUA